CCAGAGAGACGAAUCUGAAGUUUAAGAUGGGUCUGAAGGUGACAGACGAGCGUCUUCAGGAGGACACUCAGCUCGCUCGCUUCAAUGCGCUGAUCGUGUGCGAGGAGCCCAACAACCGUCUGGAUAAGUUCGUGGGAACGAUGAUCUGGGACGGUCAGAGCUACCCGCUGGACCUGGACAACAUGCUUCUCAGAGGAUGCAAGAUCCGUAACACGGACGAGUGCCACGGCCUGGUCAUAUUCGCAGGAAACGACACGAAAAUCAUGAGGAACGGAGGCAAGACCAGGUUCAAACGCACCCUGAUAGACAAGCUCAUGAACUACAUGGUCUACACGAUCUUCGUGCUGCUGGUCCUGAUCUGCGCCGGUCUGGCCAUCGGACACACGUACUGGUACGAGAGCAUCGGCUCGAAAGCCUGGUACCUGCGCGACGGUCUCGACUACACCUCGUCUUACCGAGGCUUCCUCAGUUUCUGGGGCUACAUCAUCAUCCUCAACACCAUGGUGCCCAUCUCUCUCUACGUGAGCGUGGAGGUGAUCCGUCUGGGCCAGAGCAAGUUCAUUAACUGGGACCUGCAGAUGUACUACGCCGACAAAGACACGCCGGCCAAAGCCAGGACCACCACCUUGAACGAGCAGCUGGGCCAGAUCGAGUACAUCUUCUCGGAUAAAACCGGCACGCUCACGCAGAACAUCAUGGCCUUCAAGAAGUGCACCAUCACGGGACGCACCUACGGUCAGACAAACCAAAGCCUCGCCUUUAGAGGGACCUGAGUAACCCAGAAACACGUUCUUAUUCGGCAUGCCAAAUAAUCGUGAUCGAAACGACACGCGCGAUAGGCGACAAAAAAUACGUAUUUUAGUUGCUUAAAAUAAAGGUUAUGGGAAUAAAAUAAUACGUGUGACCCUGCAUCACAAAACAGUUUAUAAGGGGGCAGUGACAAUAUUUGGCUGAGAUGUAACUAUUAGAAAAUGCGUGCAAAAAUAUACAAAAAAUCACCUUUAUGGUUUUCCAGAUGAAGUUGUUAGCCGUGCAUAUUGCUAAUCAAAAAUUAAGUUUGAUUUAUGGUAGGAAAUGUAAAUUAUAUUCAUUUUUACUCAAUAUCCUGCUGAUUUUUGGCGUAGUAGAAAAGCGGUAACGCUUUAUAAUAAGGUGUCUUUUGU